AUGCAUAUGUAUACGUUUACUGCAUCAGGCUUCUUUCACCUCCAGAGCAAUCGCAUGGUGUUGUCGGCGUCUCAUCAAAGUUCUACCGAACGUCCGUACCUGUCGUUUUUGACAAAGCCACAGAACCAGUCAUAUGUAAAAAGCGGCGACGACCUUCACGUUCACUGGUCUUCCUCCUCGUCACAAUUAGAUGAUGCAUUGGGCAGCUCUGCGUUUGGUGAAGAAGGACUCACUCAGUCACCGAGUAGUGAAAACGAUGAAUCGGACGAUGCAAAUGAACCCGCAUUAAAUGCCUACGGGCUCAGUUUGACCCAGGAUUCAUAUGACGAACGAAGCCCAUUUGAAGAGUUACACGAAUCAUUGAGAACGACCUCAUCGAAUCUGCACCCUUUUUUUGACAUGAACGAACAGCGUUUAAUUGUUGAAAAUGAACGGAUGCAACGCCACUACGAGUUGUUUCUCUCCAUGGGGCAAAAGAAUGCGCCGCCGCUCAAUGUUUUAAGCAUACUCAGCAAAUCGCUUCUUAAUGAGGCUCAUCGGGUUCAUGUUUCGCUCGUGCGUCGUUACAAUAAAAAAUGCCACGAAAAGGCGCUUCCAUUAAAGAACGAAAGGGAGAUCAACCGCCAAUGGCAGCAUAUUAAACUGGCCGUCGAGCAGGACCUUUACAUGGAGGGGUUCGUGGCAGUUCAGCGUCGGUUGUCGUGCAUGUGUAUAUUUAAUCCAGACACCGACGAACGUCUUUACGGUGACAACGAAAAUGUUCGCCAGCAGCGUUUGUUUCGUCAGAAGUGCGUCCUGGACCACCUCGCGGCGCAGGCAAGAGAGGGAGGGGGCCUGUUUUACGCCCCGGAGUUGCAGCGGACGUGA